GGUUCUCGCCGAUUUGACCCUUGCCGGAGCUUCCAAAGCGGACGGAGACCAUCCUCUUCCGCUGCUGGCGACCGAGUCGGUUCCGUGCCCUCCUCCCCUCUCGCCGACGAGGCCACUAGGAGGAACUCAAGAGUAAGAUACUUGCAUGAUGGAGACUGCAGAGUCUCGACCUUGGUCAGAUCUUCAGCCGGAACUCUUGGGGCUUGUCCUCAGCCGCCUCCCUUCCUUGGCUGAUCGUGUUCGUCUUAGGGCAGUUUGUCACCCGUGGCGCUCUAAUAGUUUGUUUCAGUCCAUUCCCCUCCCAUUCCCUUGGCUCGCCCUCCCUGAUGGUACCUUCCUCAGCAUUCCAAGCUGUAAAAUUCACCGCUUAUCUGUACCAGAAGGCGCGUCUUGCCAAGGCUCCAUCGACAACUGGCUAUUCCUCAUGCAUAAUGAUGGUGCAUGCUCAUUGAUGAAUCCUUUCUCCAAGACCAGUUUGGAGCUUCCUAAGCUAGCCAAUGUAUGGAAGCCUGCAAUGUCUGAUCCUAACUAUGGGUUUAAUCCAUUUUCCUAUAAGUUGGUGGUGCCCUCGCCCCUGGACUCAUCACCCUGUCCGCUUGUUGCUGCUAUGAUCAUGGAUGAUGGUCGCUACGGUACACUUUGUAUUAGCCAACCGCCGAGUGUCAUCGACACAUUCAGAGACGAGAGGCAUCCAGUACGGCACCUUGGGGAUGUUGCAUUCUUUGAUGGAAAUCUGUAUGUGUUGAACGGGUUUGGCCAACUUUUCAUCUUUGAAUUAGACAAGGACAUUGGUAUUUCAGCCAUGAAGUGUAUAAUUGACUCUCUUGGUGAUUUAGGUGGAACACCUGAAUCCUUGUCAAGUGAGGUGGUGUAUAAUGUAAGGAUGAAUCUAGUUGAAUGUGCGGGUAGACUGUUGAUGGUGUCACGAUGGUUUCGCACUAUGGCCAGUUUGACAGGUGAAAAUUUCUUUGAACGUAAAAAACGUACUGUUUUACUUGAAGUCUUCGAGGCAGACUUGAGAACAAACCCUGCUCGAUGGAGAAGGGCCACUGAGUUGGGUGGCCAUGCACUUUUUCUCGGCCAACAUGGCUCCAAGUCCCUGCCUGCCAGUGAAUGCACUGGAUACAAUAAGGAUUGCAUCUACUUCAUGUGUGACUAUUCCUGGCCGAAGUGGCCUGCAAACCCUCUUAGUGACUCUGGUGUGUACAAUAUCAGGGAUGGCACAAUCACGCCAUUGAUGGCAGGGUCUGCAGCAAUACCGCCACGUCAGGUUGGCAGGUGGCGCACAACAUGGUUUUUCCCUCCUGAACUUGUGUGAUCAUUCCAUCAGGGUUGGAUAUUAUCAUGUGUGCACCUCUUGGUUGCAACAAAGCUUUGUGAUCAGCCCAGCCUGGGCGCUGCUCAUAUUUAUCCUAGUGAUAUGCUACCAUGCGGCCUAAAGUUAUUAAUUAGUAUGAUGAUCAACCCGACUUGUGGUCUGGUUAUCUUUAUCCUAGUGCUAUGUUAUCGUCUGAUUGUAAUUUGUAAAGUCUUAAUUAGCAUGAUGGUGUAACCUUAAAAUUGUCUGGUUGUAAUUUGUAAAUUCUUAAUUUGUAUGAUGGUGUAAUCUUAAAAUCUUAUGGAUGACCUUAAUGUGAUGUAUUUGAAUGCU